UGCUGUGCGUAGCGGAGUUUAUCAAUGCUGUUCUGCAAGAGGGCAAACAUGGGAUUGUUCUUUAUCGAGGUAAGCAUGAAACCACGUGACAAGCAGCUGUCAAAACGCGAGAGGCGGAGCCACACGCACAGAAACGCCUCUGAAACACCCAAACCCCGCCCCUUGCCUCGUCUGAUUGGCCGGAGACGAGCUUCUGAAGCGUUCCAAAGGUAGGCUCCCUCGCCAUUGGCUGCGAGCGCUCAAGGGCGGAAGGGAAGAGUCAGCUUGAGAAACGCAGUGAUGAAGCCGGAUGUCGGGGUCUCCAGUAGUAGGUCGAUGUUGUUAUUUUUUGAAGCGUAAUGUUUUUGUGCUUCAUUUGAGAGAAUGCGUUCUCCGGGGAAGCUGCGAGAUUUAUAAACACCACAGACGCUUUGCUGAUGUUAAUACAGCUCGAUCAUUAUCCGGUUUGCUCGGGAGCAGACAAACUCUAAAGACUUGCAAAUGCCGUGCGUGCAAUUCACACAGGCUCGGUUUAAGCGUCUCUCUUAAAGGACCUUAACAUAGCUUUGCGUUGCUGUGCAUGCACGCCAUUCUUGGAUUCAGAGAAGCCCUGUGAAUGUUGCACGACAUGAUCGCGUGUGUCGCUCAGCUGUCCAAAUUCAACACGCAGCGACCCGAGACACCUGCAUAAUCCCUUAUCCAACGCAACAACACGGUUUGCCUUUCACGCUUCAAGUGGAGCGGUACAGACUGUAUAUUUAUUGUUUUUUUUAUUGUUGUGCGGUAGAAUAUGUUGCCCUCAGCACCGCAGCAGGCGGCGGGCAGCCCCGCAGAAUUCCCCCCAGAAUGGGCAGACGACGAGCGGAUGGCCUUCUUGUUUUCGGCGUUCAAACUGAACCGGGAGGUAAACUGCACGGACUGGGACGGCAAGAUGAGUUUCUGGGCGCCGCUGAUCGUGAGCUGCUGCCGGCGGCGGGGAGCCGUCAGCGUCACCCUGCAGGAACUGAGCGAGAGCUUCCGGAGAAACGGCACCGUGCCGCUGGGCCUGCCCACUGUCCUCCAGGAUAUGAUCAGGCGCGGGAAGCUGCAGAAAGAGUCUGAAUUUGCAGCUCUGGUGGAUUCAGGGUGGCUCUCGUGGGGCGUGGGGCUGCUGCUGGUCAAGCCACUCAAGUGGACCCUGAGCACCAUCCUGGGCAGCAGCCGCGUGCCACCUGAGGAGUCCUAUGUGGUGACGGAGCUCGUCAAGGAGAAGGCUUCAGAGCUGCUGCGUGUGUAUCGAGGCUCCCCCGCGGCCGAGCGCACCCUGGUCCCCUUCCAGGAGCUGCGGGGGUUGGUGGCCCACAUCUGCCCCGACGAGGCCACCCUGUGCCUGGCUCUGCUCCAGCUGCAAAAGGAGAAGCAGGUCACUGUGGCCGUGCACGAGGGGGAGAAGAUUGUGAAGUUCACCCAGGCAGGGCAGAGCAGCGUGUCCCCGGUCGGGGAGGUGGACCUGGGCAUCUACCAGCUGCAGAGGAGCGAGCGGCUCCUAGGGGAGCGAGUGGAGGCGCUGACCCAGGAGGCAGAGAGGUGCAGAGAGGAGGCCAGGACUCUCCUUCGCCAGGGGAAGAAGACGCAGGCGCUGCGGUGUCUCAGAGCCAGGAAGCGUGCGGAGAAGCGAGCGGACAGCCUGCACACGCAGCUGGAGACGGUGCAGGGCAUCCUGGAGAGGAUUGCCAACUCGCACACAGACCGCCUGGUGGUGCAGGCGUAUCAGGCUGGCGUGUCGGCUCUCAGGCUGUCUCUGAAGGACGUGACAGUGGAGAGAGCUGAGAACCUGGUUGACCAGAUCCAGGAGCUUUGUGAUGCCCAGGACGACGUGAACCAGACGUUGGCAGGACUCGAUGCCUCAAUGAGCGGGGACACAGAUGAGCUGGAGGCGGAGCUCAGGUCUAUAUUGGAAGACUCCACUCCGGACAUCCCGCCCCCUCUCCCCGAGGUUCCGACGAAGCCCCUCCCCGCAAAUCUGGCAUCUCCAGGGUUGAAGCCCAGCAGCUCCUCUCUGCAGAGCAGCAGUGCCCUGGAAGCAGCGCAGUGAAGGCUGAAGCUGUCUGCAGAGAGUGUGCCGGAGGAGCGUUCCAGCAUGGCAAGAGUGUUAAAAACCCAUCCGGAUCAAGAAAACAACCGACUUUUUAAAAACAAACUAACAAUCUGUGCCUGUAACUCAUUUUUAAAGAGGCCUUUACUUUCUGAAUAGUUUUUUUGUUAAAAUUACACACAUACUGUGUAAUACUCGCAUACCAUAUAAAAAUAAUGUUGCUGUUA